AUGCAACCAGAGUCGGCCCUCGACGUGAAUGGCUGCUCUCCUAAUUCAUCAGAAAAAGUUGUUAAUGGAGUUGGAAAUUCUUCCAAGUUCGCUAACCACUCUGAUCCCAAACCCAAAAUGAAUAUUGCUUUAGACGGUUCCACAUACACAAAGACCAUUGAUCUAAAUCCCCAGGAUUUUUAUAAGUUGUCUAGUUUUGACGAUUUUGGUGAUGAUUUCAACCAGUCUUAUCCCCAAACAUCAUCUACACUAAAUGGUCAAGUUUCCCAUUUACACAGCGAGCCUAUUGAACCAACUAUCAAUCCCUCCGCUUUAUCAAAAAAGAACACUAGUUUUUCAAUUUCCCCUUCAUGCGGAAAACUUCGAGGGGCAUCAAGGUCGACGUUUUUCUCCAGACUAGCUCGGCGUUUAACAAUCAGGCGUUCUAAUUCAAAACCGCCAACUACGCUUAUUCCCUCUUCUUCCUCUAACGAUGCCAACUCCACUAAACCUCCUCAAGUUCCUAAAAGCCGAAAAAUUCGGCGGUGGUUCAGCAAACAUAUGAUUCCGCCUUACAAGCACACUUUCAAUAAAUCAUCCCCAGAAGCCUUCACAGCUCGAGCGGCAACGUUUGAUGGAACAAUCGAUGAACGUGUCUCACAACCCACAGAAGAUUUCGGCUCUGUACCUAUUCGCAGACGUGGCUUCCCUCCUCCGAAUUUGUCAGAGACCAGUUUAUGCAACUCACAAGUUGGGACUCUAAGCUUAAAUGAUGAUCCUUUUGAAGCAAAUGAAUCAGCGUGUCUUCACCAGGGUGCCCGUUCUUAUGAAAAGGAACGAUUGGUCAGCGCUUGUGCUUCCGAUUCCAUCCCUAAUAAAACCGACAAUCAUGCAACUCAACUCUCCUCCGCCUUCAGUUCUCCCUCUGUCACUGCGUUUGGUUAA